GGGGGAGGAGUCACGUGGCUGUUUCUGCAGCGUGUGAAUCCGGCUUCAUACCCACAGGGCUCCAAGUGCCUUAGCCCGGCCGCCGGCAGAGAGGCGCUGGCCGGGCUGAAAGCAGCCCUUCAGCAGGCAGGGUCGGCUACGCGGCUGCCCUGAGUCGGCGCCCGCGCCCCGGGCCUGGCUGAAGCGGAGGGAGACGAAGCAGCGCCUGGACACGGUGGGAGGGGGCUGGGGCUCUGGAGCAGCGGAAGGAGACUGGUCCUUCCCCUCCCCCCCCCCGGAUGAUUGGCGGCGGUUCUAACUUCUCCGCUGGGGGGGCUCCUUCUCCCUAGUAGGGGGCGGGACUCAAAAGAGCCUCUUGUCCAAUCGGAACUAAAUUCUAUCCGCACCCUGUCGCCGAACCCGCCAAUCCGAGGCCGGCUUGUUGGGCGGUGACGAUAUUCAAACACAGAGCGCGGCGGCGCGCGCCGUUUCCUCUGCCCCAGGUCCCCCGCUCAUAACCUCCUGCCUCGGCGCAGCGGCCUCGCAGCAGCCCGCUUGGCGAGAUGGAGGAGGAGGAUUUAAGCGAAAGAGGACUGACAAUUGCUUCAAUCAUGAAUCGAGUCAGAGACCUGAAAAAUAAAUAUAAAAAUGAAGACAAUGUUACUGAUGAGCUUAAUUUUACUAAAGUCUCAGCUGAUACAACAGAUAACUCUGGCACUGUUAAUCAAAUUAUGAUGACUGCAAAUAAUCCGGAAGACUGGCUGAGUUUCUUGCUUAAAUUGGAAAAAAAGGGUAUACCUCAGACUGAUAUUAGUCUAUUGAAUAAAUUGAUUGGCCGUUACAGUCAAGCAGUUGCUGCACUACCUGCAGAAAAACACAGCCAAAAUGAGAACUAUGCUCGGAUCCUAGUGAGAUUUGCUGAGUUGAAAGCUUUUCAAGACCCAGAGGAGGCACGUGACCAGUUUCAUCUUGCCAGACUGAACUGCAAGAAAUUUGCUUUCGUGCACGUAGCUUUGGCACAAUUCGAACUGUCACAAGGAAAUGUAAAGAAGUGUAAACAACUUCUUCAAAAAGCUGUGGAAUGCUGUGCAGUUCCACCAGACAUGUUGGAAAUUGCUUUACAAAACCUACACUUGCAGAAAAGUCAGCUGCUUUCAGAUGAAGAGAAAGAGAACUUCACAGUAUCAAGCACACAAGAAUCUGGACCACAAAACAUGUCUGGAAAUCUCCGAAGUAGGAAAAAAAGUGAUUCUGGUGAAAUUUCUGCUAAUGCCCCCAGAUCUUCUCUUGGGGAGAAGAACAACUUUCCACAAGAGUCUGAUGCAGUCCUGGUUGGCCGCAAUCCCUUAAAGCAAUUAAACAAAUCUAACCAGGUGUGCCCAUUUGGGAGAGUCCCUGUUAAAUUAGUAACUGAUGCUGUAGAUACUGUAAAGAAGAUGGAUGCUCCACUUUCAACUAGUGUUACAAAGAGGAAGAUAUCUGUCUCUAAAUGCACAAAUUUGAUUGCGCCUUUUUUACUGCAUGCACCAAAACUUAAUGAGGAUGAUUCAUAUGAACUGGGAGACUUAAAGUCCUUACAAGAUGAAAGCUCUGUACAAUCACAGAUAUCAGAUGAGAGUUUAGAGACUGCAACUGAAUCAACUGUAACCCUAAAAAAUAAAACAGAUUUAAGUCUUGCAACAAAAAGAAAAGAAGAAACAAAUGUGCAGCAUCAGAAGCAAAGGAUACCGGAGCUGAGGUAUCUGGAAAGUCAUGAGCAGUCCAGUUCUUUUGGAAGUAACGGAAAACAAGUGGAGCAGUUAAAACUAAAUUGUGUUACAUCUGCAAAGAAAUGGGAGAUUCCAGAAGUGACACACAAGAGCUACACAGAGGGAAAGCGAUCAAGUUUUGAACAGCCUAUCCUUCCUGUUUCAAAAAGAUCAUCGCCAGUAGAAGCUGCUCCUAAAAGAAAAGAUCCAGUGUAUUUUUGUGGAACACCAAGCAACAACACGCUGAAUGAUUAUAUGGCCUGUUUCAGAACUCCAGUUUUAAAGAAUGACUUCCCACCAGCGUGUCAAGUAUCCACUCCAUAUAAUCAGUUUCCAUAUUUCCAGCCACAUACACCAGCAACUCCAUUUCAAAGCCAAAUUGACUUACAGGUUUCAGCUUCUGUACCUUCAAAUGAAUGCCUGGCCAUUAAAGGAAGAGUGUACACCAUAUUAAAACAAAUAGGUAGCGGUGGCUCGAGUAAGGUGUUUCAAGUAUUGAAUGAAAAGAAGCAACUGUAUGCUGUCAAAUAUGUGAAUCUUGAAGAAGCAGAUCAACUGACUGUUGAGAGUUAUAAGAAUGAAAUUGCUCAUUUGAAUAAGCUACAGCAACAUAGUGAUAAGAUCAUCCGACUUUAUGACUAUGAAAUCAGUGAACAGCAUAUCUACAUGGUAAUGGAAUGUGGAAAUAUUGAUCUCAAUAGCUGGCUUAAAAAGAAAAAGACUAUUAAUCCAUGGGAACGCAAGAGCUAUUGGAAAAAUAUGUUGGAAGCCGUUCACGCAAUCCACGAACAUGGCAUUGUGCAUAGUGAUCUGAAACCAGCAAAUUUUCUGAUAGUUGAUGGAAUGCUAAAACUAAUUGAUUUUGGCAUUGCGAACCAAAUGCAGCCAGAUGUGACAAGCAUUGUUAAGGAUUCACAGGUUGGCACAAUUAAUUACAUGCCGCCAGAGGCAAUCAAAGAUAUGUCUUCCUAUGGAGAAAAUGGGAAAUCAAAAUCAAAGAUAAGUCCCAAAAGUGAUGUUUGGUCAUUGGGAUGCAUUUUAUAUUGUAUGACUUAUGGGAGGACUCCAUUUCAGCACAUAACAAAUCAGAUCACUAAACUUCAUGCUAUAAUUGAUCCUAGUUAUGAAAUAGAGUUCCCUGACUUUGCAGAAAAAGAUCUCCAGGAUGUUUUAAAGCGCUGUUUAAUAAGGAACCCUAAACAAAGAAUAUCAAUUUCUGAAUUGUUGAUUCAUCCAUAUGUGCACAUUCAAACCUAUCCACAAACAGCCGUAGGUGGCCUGAAUACAAAAGGAACAACAGAAGAAAUGAAGCGCAUCCUUGGCCAACUUAUUGGUCUGAACUCUCCUAACUCUAUUUCUAGAGCUGCUAGAACUUUGUACGAACAGUGCAACAGUGGUGAAAGUCUUGAUGUAUCUGCAUUUACAAAACCUGGCAAUCAAACACGGACAAAGAAAUGAUGUGCAGUAAUGCAUGAUUUACUUGAAAUGUGUAAAAUAAUUUUGAUAAAAAUAUAUAUUGAUCUGCUCUUUUACAAAAAGGACACUGACAGCAUAAAGAUCCUAUAUUUAAAGUAAAUGUCAUUAUCUCUGUUGCGAAUAAUGCCAUAGAUUAUUAGUACAGAAUUUAAAAAAUCCAAUAUACUCUUUACCCUCUGCUGUCUGUUUACCAUUUGAAUGUCACUCUGGUUAAAUAGUGAAUAUGAGCUAGUCCAUCACACUUUAUGGUCCAGGUACUGGCACUAGGCUAUAGUAUUUGGAUUGCAAAUCCACAUGUGUGUGUCUAAAUAAAAAACUUUUUGAGGAAACUUUUAAAAAAAGAUGGGGGUGAUUUUUAGAUUUCUAUAAAACCAAAACUGUGGAUUUAAAGUCCCUGACAGGGUCCUUGCAAGUACCACUUGGAAAGUAUAUUCUACAGUUUCGUUCUUUACCGUCAAACAUAGUAAAUAUCAGUGACUUUCAUUAUGUCCAGUGGAUUGUCUUAGACUUUCGGAAAACAAACACUUCUGUAAUAUUGUUAAUGUUAAAGUGCUAAAACACAGCAUUGUUUGUUGAUAAAUGUAAAUCUAACAUCCUGGCUUUGAGAUUUUCAGUUGUCAUUGAUUGAUAAAUGACACACUGGAAGUAUUGAUAAAACUCUGAAGAACAAUGUAAA